UUCAUAUCGCACUAGCGAAUAGACGCUUGCUUGUAAAAGUUCAGUGGUUCUCAACCUGGUUAAUUCAGUUUAAUUCAGUUUAAUUUUAUAUUAUUUUUUGACACGAUGUUUUGCUGUGCAAGUUGUGGUGGAAAGCAUACCGAAGGUGUAAUUUGUAGUGCCUGUAAACAGCACUUCGACUUCCAGUGCUCCGGUAUUACGGAAGCGGGCUACAGGAAGCUCGGAGAUAGAAAAAAUACGUGGCGCUGCCCUAAGUGCAAAUCGGGUGCGGUUUCGCCUCAACCCAAUCAGAUGGAUAGGAUGCAAGAUCAGCUUGAAAAAAUCAUGUCUCAGCUCACUCCCUUGGCUUCACUUGUUGAGGAUGUGAAAACUAUAAAAAAUGAAAUUGGUGGUCUUAAGGACUCCUUGGAAAUGGCACACGAUCAAAUAAAGAGCUUUGUUGAUAAAGUUAAUUCUCUUGAAAUUAAGAUCGAUGAAGUGCAAAAGGUAGCAGAUGAGGUCCCAGUUUUAAAGGCUGAAAUCCAAAGAUUAAAUCAAGAGCUAGGAGAAAGGGAUCAAUGGGCCAGAUCAAAUAAUGUAGAAAUCCGAGGGAUACCACUAAAGAAUAGCGAAAAUCUUUAUGAGAUCGUACAAAAAGUUGCCACGUUAUGUAAUUAUCCUAUAAAGAACGACGAUAUCAAUUACAUUGCACGAAUACCUACCAGGAAUUCUGCAUCCGAAAAGCCGAUUGUGAUGGCACUCAAUAAUCGCUAUAAGAAGGAGGCAUUUGUGGCUUCGGCUAGGAAAUGCAAUGAGCUUAAUUUGAUAAAUUUAGGAUAUUCUACAGCUGGCAAUUUCUACGUCAAUGACCAUUUGACAUUAUCAAACAAGGAACUCUUGAGAAAGGCGAGAUCAACCGCCAAAGAAAAAAAUUUUCAAUAUGUUUGGGUCAAACACUGCAAAAUCAUGGUCAGAAAAUCAGAUACUUCGCCAAUCAUAUUCAUAAAAAACGACAAAGAUUUACUGAAAAUAAAAUAAUGUUAAAGUUUUUAUUUUGGUAUCUUAGAAUAUUGUUUAAGUGUAAAAACAGUUUGAGAACCUCGGUCAAUACUGCAUUCUUUUGUU